AUGUUCGCCUUAUCAAGUUCUGAAAAACCCACUGGUUUGUUUGACGGAAUAUCCAACGAUUCUUGUGUAAACUUGUUCCAAGUUCCACUUACUACAAAUAGUAAUAUUCCAGCCCCAGGACUUUUCGGCAACUUAAAAACUGCGGAAUUCAGGACCAACAUUAAAGAAUCAGGGCCUAGUUCCUCAUCAGCCCACACAAUAGGGAAAAAUAGUAAUGCCUCAAAAACAGUUUUUCAUUCUCCUCGAAGUGCUGAUGGUUUUGAAAAAGAUCGAAAUGAUCGUUGUGUAACUGACAACAGUAUGAAUGGCAAUGCGCACAAUAGCUACUUCGAUCUUCCUGGAUCUUCUAACAAUGAAAAAAGGUGCUUAGAUCCAAAUAAUAUCCGGAAUGCUGCUAACUUGUAUUGGCCUGCAGUUAAAUUAUCCCGUUUGCCGAUCGAAUACAACACAAAGAGUUUUCUGCUGAAGCACUUCCAAUGUUUUGGUCCUGUUGAACGAAUUAUAUGUCAACCUUCUAUGGAUGCUGCUUAUAUAGCUUUUAAUUCUUUGUCUUCUGCAAAUCAAGCUAAACGAUCAGGACGUGCAUGUAUUGUAUCUGCUAACAUUGAUUUGCCUAGCUCAGUCCUUUUUACUAUGGCACGAUGUCGUCAAACUAAUUCUGGAUCAAAAUCAAUAUCACCUAAAUCAGGUCCUAUCAAGGGUAGAAACACUGUAUCAUCCAUAUCCCCAUCACGUAUAUCUCUGAAAAAAAUGAUUACAUCACACUCCAAUACAAAGCUGGUCAUGAAUAAAAAGCAAUUUUCCAGAGUACCUGUUUCAAGAGAUAAUCAGUCAUCUACGUCGUCCCAGAUAGUAUGCAAUACACAACCGAUAGUAUCCUCUAUUACACGGCCUAAUGCAUCCGCCUAUAAUAUUAAUGGUCUAUUCAAUCAGAAAUCUCCAAGUGCUACUACACUAGAUGAACGACUGUCUGUAUUACAAGAAUAUUAUAAACGUGAUUGUGAACUGAGGUCUAUGUCAAAAUCUACUGAUCCAAAAAUUCAGUGUUCGGAUAUAUGCAACAGCAAUACUGGUGAACCGAUUCGUCAUGCACCCAUUAAAGGCACAUGUGAAGAUAUGUGUCCUGAAUUGGAACGUUAUUGUCGAGCAGCUCAUCAACGUGUAUCUAUAUUUGAGUGUUUGCCUACUACAAUGAGUGUUAAUUCAUCUUCUUGGGAGAUGGAUCAUACUCGGGCUGUGAAAGAUUAUCAACGUUCUUCAGCCGAUCAACCUGUACCACUACCCCGAGAACUACGACCGACAUCUGUUUUGCAACGUACAAUGGCUUAUUUAUUAGCUAGUAUAGCUGAUCGCCCAGAAAUUGACACCAGUCGUAGCCUAUGGAAACCUUGGUAUGAAUUUAUGUGGACACGUACACGUGCUAUUCGCAAAGAUAUACGGCAGCAAAACCUAUGUUGUCCCAUUGUUAUUGGUGUUAUUGAACGGAUAGCAAGAUUUCAUAUUUUCUGUGCUGCACGAUUAGUUGAUCAACCAGUGGAUACUUUUGAUCCCCGUAUUAAUUCAGAAAAUUUGACUCAGUGUCUGCAAACAUUAAAGGAGAUGUACAGUGAUUUAGAUUCAUCAAUUACUUCUGAGAAUACUUGUCCUAAUGAAGCAGAAUUCCGAGGUUAUAUGCUUUUAAUGAAACUGAACGAUCAAAACGAGAUCAAUGAAGCUCAACGUUUACCUGAACGACUACGUCAAUCUAAACCUGUACGAUUUGCAUUUGCUACACAUGAAGCUCUCAUAACAAACAAUUAUAUCAGAUUUUUUCGUUUAGCUCGUCAAGCUACAUGUUUAGUUGCUUGUCUUAUGCAUAGAUAUUUUGUUCAAAUACGUAGUCAAGCUUUAAUGAAACUAUCUUGUGCAUUUGCUGGACAUCCAAAACGAGAAGUUCAUUAUCCUAUUUCUACUCUCACACAACAACUCGGUUUUGAAAAUGAAACAGAAUCUAAACAUUUCUGUGAAACAUGGGGUUUAUCAGUGUUUGAUUCAAAUGUGAUAUUUGAAAAACAAAUUCAACCUCAACCACCUACGUUACCAUGGAAAGAACAGAGGUCAUUUCACCUAGUUGAGAAUAAGCGUAUUGGUAUCCCAUUGUCUGUUUUAUUCAAUGGUUCUCCUAUUAACCCUUCAGAUGCAAUACCAUCUCCUGUUCAGUCUUCGUUUGAUAUAAACGGUAAAUAUAUUUGUUCACAAAAGAAACCUACUCAAAAUGAUAGUGAUACACUUGACUAUAGUAAGCGUAUUGCUGACAAUAAUGUUUGUAAUAAUAAUUGGAUCACUCCAUAUAUGGAUCAACAACCUAUAACAAAUUCCACAUCAUCGUCAACAACCAAUUCAUGGUUAACUGAAAGCAAUACAUAUAGCAAAAAACAAAUAAUUGAUGAAUUGUUAGAAUUUGUAUAUAAUGAAUGUGUUGAUGAAGUUCUAUGCUAUUCAAAAUUUGCUCAAACUAUUCUACUUGAAGAGAUAAUAAUUAGUGAACUGAUGGAAAAGUUAAUUACAGAUUUUAUUGAAGAUCAUCUAGUUGAUCUUUUUAAUAAUAAAUUAGAUCUUGUUCGUCAAAUAUAUAAACAAAUCAUAGAAAAUGUAACAAAUGAAACAAUCAACUUAUAUUUACAUAGUUUAGUUCAUCGUGAAUUGAAUUUAGAAUAUCUUUAUAAUGAAUAUGUUGAUCAAUUAAUCAAUGAACAAUUACAUCAAUUGGCAAUGUCUUCUUUAACUUUAUCAAUUGCUACAUCACUAUAUAAUUAUUCAUUAUUAAAAUGUUGUUUUAAUCGUUUUCAUUAUUUAAUAUGGAAACGUAAUGAAUUAAUGGAACGAGAAAUUUUAUUAAAUACAAUGCCAACAUCAGUUAGUAGUGAUUGUUUACCGUUAUGUUUAAUGAUUAAUAAUAAUCAAAUGAAUACUAAUGAAAAUGUAUCUACUUUAAAAUUAUUGAAACAUUCAAGUUAUUCACGGAUUUCAUUGGAAAUGUUAAAAUUAGAUAAUGAACUUACUUGGUCUCCAUUAAAACUAUCUCCAAUAUUCUAUAAAUAUCCAUUAGGAUUAUAUAAAUCUAUCUUAAUAUCUACUAAUAAUUAUUCAAGUAUUAAACAACAACAUUUUACAAACAUUUUCUAUUGGAUUUAUGAAAAAUUAAAACAUUUACCUAUAGUUCUAUUCAAUGAAUGGUCAAAUUCAUCAAUAAUAUUUAAUAAAUUAUCAGGUAUUAUCCUAAUUGGUCACUUUGAUCAUUCAAUAACUAGAGAACAAUUAAUCUCGAUGUAUUCAAUGGAUCUAAUUAAUAAUUAUGAUAAAAAUAUAAUUAAUCAUUUAUUUAUUUUAAUUGUAACUGAUUCAUUACAAGAAAUUCCAUAUUCAUCAUUUGAAAAUAUACAGAAUAAUGAUGGAAUCUAUUUUGUACAUUUAUCUAAUCCUAUUUCAUUUAAACAAAAAUUUCAACCUAAUCCAUUUUGGUCAAUUAAUUUACAGCAUGGUCUUAAUUGGAUAGAAGAAUGUUUUAUGAAAAAAAUAAAUCAUUUAAAUUACAAUGAUUAUCAUACAUUUCAAAAUGGACAUAAUGCUAAUUCAAAAUAUUCCUUGUUAUCAUCAUUAUCAUCAUCUCUAUCGAAUAGUGAAAUUACCAUCUUGUACACAAAGCUGUAUAGUUUAAUAAAUGAAUACAUUGAUAUAGCAUUAUUACGUCCAUUGGGUAAUUUGUCUAGAAGUUGGAAGUUGCACGGGCUUGUUGAUCCAUCAUUAAAAUCUUUAAUUAAUGAAUAUCAUUCUACAAUAUCAUAUUUAUUGAAUCAAUUGAAUCCUAUUCAUAAAACUCUUACGAAUCUAUUACAUAAUAUACUUAUUCUACCAGAGAAUAUUCUUCAUUUAUUAUUAAUUGAUUUACAUGAUGAUGAUAAUAAUAAUAAUAAAAUAAAUAAAGAUAUUAAUAAUGAUACUACUAUAACAACUAAAUGGAAUACUUAUAUUGAAAAUUGGUUUAUUAUAUCAAAACAAUUAAAAUUAAAUUCAUCCAUAAAAAAUUGGAUAUUUACAUUAUUUAAUAAAAUUGAAAAAGAUUAUUUAAUACAAUUAAAAAAUAAAUUAUUCAUUUCUAUUAUUUAUCCAUCAUCAAUAAAUAAAUUAUAUUUACCUCCAAUUUAUUUAGCGCCUAAUUUAAAUGUAUUUUUUGUUUUAAUUUAUAAUUGUUUAAAUAAUUUAUCAAAAUUAUUAUUAACUAUGAAUAAUGAAUUACAUAAUAAUAAUGAAGAAUUAAUUCAAUUAACUGAAAUGUUAUGUAUUAUAUCAAAGGUAAUUAAUCAAAUGAAAUCAAACAAUAUUGUAAAUCAGUUAAUUGAACAUUUUAAAAAAUUAGAUGAACCAUGUAUGACACGUUCAAAUGCCAUUAAUUUAUCAUUAGAAAAUUUACGUAGAAAUCAAAUAGAAACUUGUUUACAAUCUGUACGUAAGCAAAAUUCAUUUACAUCUAUUGAGCACAAAGAAUCAUUAUCAAUGAAAAUGUAUCAAUUAUCUUCGAAAAUUCGUAAAAUUGAAAAUUCUAUGAAUGAUGCUAUUAAAGAAACUAUGGAAUAUCAAUUAAAACAAGUCCCUUAA